AUGUCGUUCUUGUUCGGCGGCAAACCACAGCUCUCGUCUGAGCAGAAGAUUGCGCAGGCCGAGGCGGAGAUUGAUAUGGUUUCUGACAUGUAUAGUCGGUUAGUCAAGUCUUGCACAGCGAAAUGCAUCGACUCGUCCUACCGCGAAGCCGAUCUCAACAAAGGCGAAUCCGUCUGCCUUGACCGCUGCGUCGCCAAGUUCUUCGAGGUCAAUGUAAAGGUUAGCGAGAAGAUGCAGGGCGAGGCGAAUGGCGGCCAAGCAGCAGGUGGUGCCAGGUUUGGUGGCGGCAUGUAA